AUGGCGUACGAUUACCCGGCCGCCGGGAAGCUGUCGGUUUACGUGUCUGACGACGGCGGGUCGGAGAUGACCGUGUUUGCUCUGAUGGAGGCGGCCAAGUUCGGGAAGCGGUGGCUGCCCUUCUGCCGGGAGAAUAACCUUACGGAUCGGUGCCCCGGUGCUUAUUUCGGGUCGGCCCGUGAUUUGAGUUCAGAGGCUGCCGAAAUUAAGACCAACGAACCUACAUUCUUCUUGUACGCAUUUCUGUUCAUCGGGGCCUAUGCACAAGACUGCUUCGAUUUCGUGAAUGCAGACGGCACAUUACUAAAGUGGUGGAGUGACCAGAGGAAGUGGCUAUUGAGAGGUCUCUCGUCUUUCCUAUUUGGGCUUAUAGAGUACGUGGCCAGCCGCUUAGGCAUGGCUGCCAAUGUGUUCAACGUGACAAGCAAAGUCAUGGAUGACGAGCUAUGCGAAAGGUACAACCGAGGGACCUUCGAGUUUGGGGUUGACUCCUCCAUUUUCGUCCCAUUAGCAACGGCAGCCAUUAUGUUUAUUGCAGGUUUUGGGAUUGUAAAUGGGGUGCAAUUCUAUGAGGCCAUGGUUUUGAGACGCGAUAAAGGGAGGAUGCCGGCGAGUGUCACGAUCAAGUCGACACUUCUUGUGGGGUUGCUCUAUGGAAUUGUGUCUCUUCUUCAAUGUGCAUGA